CUUAGGUCCUGGAACUGUGGAAGUAUUAAUCUCUCAGUUUUGUAGGUAUUUGUUUCCCACUAUAACUGUCACUUUCACCAUUAUUUUCCGGAAUCUCUUUCCAGUCAAUUGGCCGUUCCAAGAAACGAGGAAAGGGGAGAAUAAGAACAACUAUAUAUAACUACUUCAUUCGUUUGAGAAUGAUUGAACCAUACGGGACACAAGAAAGCCUCAUCUUUUAGCCGUUUCAAGUUGCAACUUGAAACAGAACAUUCUUUUAUUGUCUUUCAUCAACAAAGGAAUUUGAUAUUUUGUGGGGUUAUUAGUAUCUUUGAGUGUUGUUAUUCCUUUUAUUGAGUAAAAGAAUCAAUUUGUUACCUUUUUUUACAGCCAGAGUUUGGGUUUAAUCAAAUAGCAUCAAUUGGGCUUUUCAGAUUUAGGCUGUUGCGCCAUCUGGGAAGCACUUAGUUUGCAAGUUUUGAUAUAGGGCGUUGAUUCGGUGGAAAUAUUUGAUUUCUUGAUUGACAGGAUUCUGAUUCUUGCAUCUUUGUGUAUUGCUUCUUGAGAAAGAUUUUGGCUUUCAUUUGAAGAACAUUUUCUUGUGGAUCCAUGAGGGUUGUAUUUCAAUCGUGAGGGUUCUGUCCUUGUUCUUUUCAGUUUUUGAUGCAUCUUUUCCUGACUGAAGGGGAGGAUUGGCUUGUGAACAUAGGGUUUGUUCUCAGGCCAUUUGUGUUUCCUGUUGAGCAGAAAGUGUUCUCUUUCUCUAUCUCAAGAGAUAUACCAAUUGCAGAGUGGAGGACAAGUAGUUUUUGUUGGAUACUAGGAAUUAAAGGAGAAGGCCAGGUUUUGAUUACUGGAUUUGAGAAUAAAAGGAUCUUGGAAAAUGGAUUCUUCGCAAGGAUCCACUCUGUCAUCAAAUGUGUCUAGUUUUGUGGAUGGAUCAUCUGCAAGUGCAGAGAUUAAAUAUUUUGAUAGUGUUCCUGUGUAUGUUAAGGAAUUGAUUGCUGGAGGUGCUGCUGGUGCAUUUGCUAAAACUGCAGUUGCUCCUUUGGAACGAAUUAAAAUACUUUCGCAGACUAGAACCCAAGGAUUUCAUUCACUGGGGAUAUUUCAAUCACUAAAGAAGCUACUGAAGCAUGAAGGUGUUGCAGGAUUUUAUAAGGGCAAUGGAGCUAGCGUACUUCGGAUUGUUCCCUAUGCGGCAUUACACUUUAUGACUUAUGAGCAAUAUAGGUUAUUGAUUUUGGACAACUACUCUGCCCUGGGAACAGGGCCAGUUGUAGAUCUUUUGGCUGGUUCUGCUGCUGGAGGAACUGCAGUUUUAUGUACUUAUCCCUUGGAUUUGGCCCGUACAAAACUUGCUUACCAGAUUGUAGACACAAGAGGAACUAUGCAGCUAGGGAAGAGACAAUUUAAUGCACCUCCUGCUUACAGUGGAAUCAGAAAUGUGAUAGAGAGAGUAUACAAGAAUGGGGGAGUGCGCUCCCUCUAUCGUGGGAUAGGUCCAACACUUAUUGGUAUUCUUCCCUAUGCUGGACUGAAGUUUUACAUCUAUGAGGAACUUAAGAGGCAUGUUCCUGAAGAGCACCAGAAGUCCAUCUUACUGCGAUUAUCAUGUGGAGCUAUGGCCGGUUUACUUGGGCAGACUUUCACGUAUCCAUUGGAUGUUGUCAGGAGGCAAAUGCAGGUUGAGCCUUCAGCGCAAGGUGGUGUCAGAUACAGAAGCUCUUUUGAGGGGCUCGUUUCUAUUGUUCGUGUUCAAGGUUGGAGACAAUUGUUUGCCGGUCUUAGCAUUAAUUAUAUCAAGAUCGUUCCAUCGGUAGCAAUUGGUUUCACGGCAUACGACAUGAUGAAGACUUGGCUGGAAAUACCUCCUCGGCGAAACUCAAAAGCCGUAUCUACUGCAUAACUAAUAUUACUUUGAUAAACCAGCAGAAGCUUGAAGAUAAUGGUAUUAGUCCCUUUUAAUUAGUGAGCUCUGAAAGGGAUGUGGUACAUGGAUUCGUUCAAAAGUUCUGGCUUCCAUCAAUACAAUUUGCUAUUAUAUCCAAAUUUUAAAAAAGGAAAAUCACAUACACUAUAUAUAUAAUGACAGUUAUCACACAUUGGACUGCAGGGCAAACUACUCUUAUCAAAAACUUGAAUUCAAACCCUCAAUAAUGACACUCUCUGCUUAGCUCAGUCUUGAUUUUCUUCAUACCCCUAGUUACAUCUUCAAGCAAAGUUUUCACGCAUGCAAAGCCCAAUGCAACAGCAACAGAUGAACUGAUCAACGGAAUGUGCAGCCAAACAAGGAAGCCGUCUCUUUGUCUGCAAACAUUAACACCCUUAAAUUCUACCCAAGCCAGUUGCAGCACUGGGCACCAAACCCAUGAACAUGGCCCAGAACCAAUCCCGGUCGACCCACAACAAAAUUUGGGCACUCCAUGAGAAAAUACAGGAUAGCACAAGAAACCCAAAUCUUAUUAAACAAAAGCAAAGGUAUUAUAAGUGUCAUUUGAAAUUUUCUGAUGUGAGGAGGAGACUGACUGAGGCUAAGAUGAGCAUGCAGAAAGGGAACUCAACAUCUGUCAGAUUCUACGUCUCGAUGGCCGUGAAUCAGGCUGGUUCUUGCGAGGCAGAAUUUGGGAACCCGCCUCGCCCUCCAUCAGCUGUUGCUACGGAUUUUGGGAGGUUGGGAGAUGUUUGUAGUUUCAUCUUGGCCGUAUGUGAUAAAGUAGAACACAAUUAUAGGAAUAUGGUCUGAAUCGAAUGUCAAUAAAUACCAAAUCUACGUUAUGUUGAUA